GAAUAUUUGAACCUUUUCAAAUGGUUGGAUUUUCAGGCCUUUUUUGUAUAAAUUAAGAUGGCAUUAAAUUUUCUAAUUUCAGAGGAGAAGAGGAAGGACCAUGAUUCCGAAUGUGUUGAUCGCUAUGUUAAGUCACGUGCUAUGUCCUCUAGAAGCUCUGAUUCUCGUCUGUCAUAUAUUGAUGAGCAGACGAACAGUAAAGCGGUUAAAGAUUAUAUAAGAAACCGCGGGAAAAAGCGUCCACCUUUAGCAGAAGAGAUAAAACGUAGCCAGAGUACAGACAGACCUUUAGGAGCUCGUUCUGAUAGCGUUCUGACCACCAGAAGUCUACCGACGCCGGCGACACUACGAACAGUGGAAGAGGAAAAAGACGAAGUCAUGAAAAAUUUGUCGUCUGCAAAUCGCAAGAACGAAGUGGAGCGCGAGCGCCAAGCAGAACUUAUUGCACAACGAAGAGAAAAACGAAUGCAGCAAAAGAAAACGACAGAAGAGAAAGCACUAGAAUUACUAGAAAAGGCAGUGGCUAUGGAUAAAAUGUUACAAGACCAAAAGAAAGAGCAAGACCAGAAGUUGAAGGAGCGUCUAGAAGACAUGAAGAGGAAACGCGCAGAAUCGAGAAUAGGAACGCCCCCUGUCGUAGCAGACGACACAUCACGUGAUAAAAAGGAUCGUCAAAGUAGAACAGAACAGAAAGAGAGAAAGAGCAAUGAAGACAGAUCAGAUAAACCAAAAUCUGAUAAAAGUGAAAAAUAUGACCAAAAAAUCACCUCAGACAAAAAAGACAGACGUGAAAAAUCUAACAAUGGCGAGAACCCGGACAAAAAAGACAAGCGAGAUAAAACGAGAAGUGAGGAGAAAAGUAAAGAAGCAAAAGAAAGAGAGAAGAAGGAAGCCGACUACGAUUUUACAAUUUAUUGAUCAAUCGAAGGUGCCCCGUAUAUCUGAUAUUUUAAUGUUUAUUUUACAGAACAUAUGGAAACAGGGUAUGUAAGAACUGAUUGAUUGUAGAUCACAAAAUGACCUUGACCUAGUUGUAUAAAUGGUCUGAAAUGGUACUGAAUGACAUGGUCUUUACGCGUGAAGACUAAGAGGAACCAGUAAAUAUAGUAUAAGGAUUGGUAUAUAGUUUCCGGGUUGUUAUUGACUGUUUGAAAGUAUUAACGUUUUGUGGCACCAUUUCGCGUGUAAACAUCCCCCUUUUCCAUCUUCUUUCAUUUUUCACUGUUCACAAUAUUGUUAUUUUCACAUAGAAAUAUCUAUAUAAAUAAAAUCUUUGUGUUUUC